AUGCAGCGUGAGAGGCCUGAGUCUGAACUCCAGCGGUUUUACCAUCGGUUGCUACGUCCGCUGUCACUCUUCACCAUCAGGUCGACGCCCUCAGAAGCUCAGAAGGGCCUCUCGCAGGGCGACCGGGUUCUGCAGUCCCUCCUUCCGGCGAGGCUGACAACGGCGUCGCUGUGCCACCAAGUGUCCAAGCUGCUGGCCAGCAGCGGGCUAACGGCGCGGGUGCCUACCGAGAGCCGACUCCGUCUCAUCGAGGUCAUCCUGGAGGAGCUAAAGUGCAGUUGGCGGGAGCCUCCUGCCGAACUCAGUCUAAGCAACAAGACCAACCAGAAGCUGAGGAAGAGGCUCGAGUCCUACGUUCUGAUCAGCAGUGAGCAGCUCUUCCUACGCUACCUGCACCUGCUGGUGACCAUGUCGACCUCCAAAAGGGUCUUCACUGAAUCAGCCACCCUAACCCGGCUGACCGCCAGUCUCGCCAGGGACUGCACACUUUUCCUUACCAGUCCUGAAGUCUACCGUUGCCUGCUCGCUGAUUUCCUGGCCUUGCAGAAGAUAGAACAGGCCCAGGGUGCCAUGGAUAAGCUGCGUCCUGUCUGCCCCGCUGGGGUUUUCAAGCUGUGCCCAAUCUCCUGGCCUCACAGUACUGGCUUUGCCCAAGUGCCAUGCUCUAGCCUCAAUCUGAACUACCUCGUCCAACUCAGCCGCCCAGUAGGGUUUUUCACUGAGCCCGGACUGGAUCCAGUGAAGGAGUUGAAGUCCAUCCCCCGGCUGAAGAAGAGAAAGCCUCUCCGCUGGCUGCCCUCCAUAGGAAAAAGGAGAGAAACUAACAUUAGUUUAUCACAGAUUGAGUCACCUCCUAUCUCCUCUGUGACUCCCACCAGCGAGGCUUCCCUUUUCCCCACCACACCUCUCAACUUCCAGCUCCGGAGAGGCCGGUCCAUGCCCUCUCUGCGUGAGGGCUGGAAGCUGGCAGAUGAGUUGGGUCUUCCUCCACUCCCGCCUCGUCCCUUAACCCCGCUGGUCUUAGCUGCAGAGAGCAAACCAGAGCUGGCUGGGGACAUUGUGGCUGAGGAUCUGAAGAAGUUGAUGAAAGUCAUGAAAUUAGAGUGGACUCGAUACUCACCACUGGACUCAGGUCUUCCCCCUCUCCUGGGAGUUGUGACCUACCGCCCAGCUGCAGGGCAUCGUGUGCAGGAACUGCAAAGGAUGUUGAAGAAUCUCCAGGAGGAAGAAGCCUGUGGAAAGUGGGACCUCCAACAUCCCAAAUCCCCUCCACUUCCACCGCAGCCAGUGACCAUUACUUUGAAGCUAAGAAAUGAGGUUGUGGUGCAGGCAGCUGCUGUGCAGUUCUCUGAUAGAAGCUUCUUGGACUCUUUCCACGUUGAGCCAGCUGGACUCUUGUACAACCACCUGGCUGAUGAACUGGAUGCCAAGGUCGUGGAAGAAAUGGAUAUUGAUAGCUUUGUUGGCAAUAGUGUCCGGGAAGUCUACAAGGAGUUGAUAUGCCGUGUCUCUACAGACCACUUCUGUUUUGACCAGGGGCCCCUGAUUGAGAAAGCAGCAGAUAAAGACUGGUCAACCUUCCUGUCCUCAACCUUUCUAAGUGGUGAAAAACACUCUCGAGUCAUCAACCAUGAGUUGGCUGGACUUUAUACCCAGAGGGUGGAUACUUCACAGGCCAAUGCUGAGAGGGCUCCCUCCUUCACAUCACCCCGAACCAGCAAAGUCUGGGAGAAGCGGUCAAACAAGGCCUCGUGGAUGAACUGGUGGAAUACCACCUUAUCUAUGGAUGACUACUUAAAGUACCUCAACAACCAUGAGACAGAUUUCCUCCAUGUCAUCUUCCAUAUGUAUGAAGAAGAAGUUCCUGUGGUGAUAGAGCCCCCUGCCAAAGAAUUCUUAGAGAUUCAGCACCCUCCGCCCUUGCUAGAAUAUGAAGAGCCAGAAUUUGUGCCAGGAGAGUGGGACUGGAACACAGUGUUGGAGCACAGGCUAGGAGCUGGGAAGACCCAUCUCCUGGGAGAACCCCACAAAGUCCUGGCCUUACAGAAGCGUCUGGAACGACUGUGGUCCAUGCUUGAGAUCCCUGACCAGGACCGGCUAGAUAUGGCCAUCAAGUAUAGCUCCAAUGCCCGUCUGAGACAAUUACCUGUCUUGGUGAGUUCCUGGGAGCAGGUCCUGAAGCCCAUUCAGCUGCGGGAGAUGUUGCUGGGGAGACUGGAGUGGUUUGAACGGCAAGCCUCCAACCCCAACCGUUUCUUCCAAAAGACUCAUUCAGGCCUGGGUCACCCCCUGGAGGAGAAUUACAUCCGAAACCAUCUCCACAAGAAGCUCAAUGUAGUGGAAUCUUCUUUGGUUUCCCUCCUUGAGGAUAUUGAGUUGAUUUUUGGUGAGCCGGUGAUCUUCAAAGGGCGGCGCUACCUGGAUAAAAUGAAGCACGACAAAGUGGAGAUGCUCUACUGGCUACAGCAACAGCGGCGGGCUUGCCACCUGGUCCGGCCCCGGAAGGCUUCCCACCAUUCAACCCUGCUCAGGAAUCCCAGCAGCCCAUCGUUAAUAACUCCCGGGAAUACUCCCAUUACCUUUUGACCAGCCCAAGUGCCCUCACUUUUUUCCCUCACUCCCAAAUACCCUGUAUCUCAUCCAGACCCCUUGACACUUUGGAAGAAGAAAUACAGGUGUCUUUAUCUAUAAGGUUUAGAAUUUUAUUUC